UCAUCCUUACGGACCUUUAACAGGGCUGCACAGGUCAUGAUGUUGGAUGCAUGGAUGGUAAACUAACAGGAUCAUCGCCUUUUCAGUAGUUCAUUCCUUGGUUUAUAACUAUUUAUGUUGCGCUUCUGACAUAGCGGUCAGCAUAAUGAGCACGUGCGGUUUGAAUAUCAGAUGUUAUUCAUGACACGUUCCUUGGGUAGCUAGCUUGGCCAGCUAACCUUUAGCAUUGUCCCAGCUGUCAUUCAUGCUGUUUCAACUUCAGCUAAUGUUGGCCGCCGUUACGUAUUUAUGUUCUACUUGUAACAUCUCCGUUAAGCUAUAAUCAUGUCACAAAAAGAGCCUUUUCUGCUUGACUCGACACCGGGCGGACAUUUCAGCAGCGAGGUUAAGGAAGUAAAGAGCAGAAGUCGACUGGGUCUCAUCCUGACGGGGGUGCUGGGAGGGUCUCUGGUCGCCCUGUACGCAGUGGCUGCUCCGUUUGUCACUCCUGCCCUGAGAAAAGUCUGCCUCCCGUUUGUGCCAGCGACCACCACUCAGGUGGAGAACGUCUUCAGGGUGCUGCGAGUCAGAUCGGGGACCCUGGUGGACAUUGGGAGCGGGGAUGGAAGGAUAGUGAUAGCAGCAGCUAAGCGUGGGUUUCAGGCAUCAGGUUUUGAGCUGAACCCCUGGCUGGUGUGGUAUUCUCGCUACAAGGCCUGGAGAGAAGGCGUCCACCGCUCCUCCUCAUUCCACAUCUCUGACUUGUGGAAGGUCAGUUUUGCUCAGUACUCCAAUGUUGUCAUUUUUGGAGUUCCUCAAAUGAUGGACCAGCUGGAGAUGAAGCUGGCAAGCGAGUUACCAAGUACAGCCAAGGUGGUGGCCUGCCGCUUUCCAUUCCCUACUUGGGUCCCUGAACAUACCGCUGGGGAGGGCAUUGACACUGUAUGGGUGUACGAUGCCAAGACAUUUAAAUUGCACCUGCAACAAGAAAUGACAAGGAAGACAACACCAGAACACGAGGACACACAAGAUUCACACACAUAAAUGCAAACACUCAGUUGUCAUCACUCAGUUGCAAUCCUGUGGGAUUUUGUUUGUUUUAAUCCAUGUAAUUUUUACUCUGUGAUGACCUGAAAUGGCUGGCAAAGACUGAUGUUCUUUUUUCAAAAUACACUACAAUUGUAAAGUAUUUAUACAUCAGUGUCCCGAGAUUGAGCAUGAAAAGAAAAUCAUGAUAAAAGUCAGGAUUAUCAGCAGAAUAGUGAGCUGAAUGGUCAAACAGGCAUUUCUUAUUUGAUACAAGUGCAAUGCCUCAAAACCAGAUCAGAUUUGUCUGUAAAGGAUGAUGUAAUUUCAUGUUCUCCUCCUGCACGGUGUCCUGUUUUGAGACUUGUGUGUUUAAUAAAAUUGAAUACACAUAAAUGAAGAAAGC